UUCGACAUGCAAAUAAUCAAGGGACUUUAUUUUUUUUAGAGUUAGUUUUAAUAAAUAAGAAAUCUUCAAAUAAUUUGGAUGACGAUUAUUAUUUUCUAUUUAUAAAAUGAGUUGAUUAAAAGCUUUAAACCUUAAGGUGGCAAUGAUGCGGUUUGCAAAAGCGAUCAGUGGGGAUGUGCAAAAGUACAUAAAUCGCUAUAGUCGGUAUCAUCAAUCUAUUUUAACAAUAGAACAGUUCACUCAUUUUGGAAAAAAUGCAGAGCCGCUUGGUUCAUAUAAAUUUCUGCGCAAUGAAGUUCCUGUUCGUUUAGCUCAUAUAAUGCAAGAAAUUAGUCAUUUACCAAAAAAUCUAUUAUCAAUGCGUUCAGUUGACCUUGUUAGAAGCUGGUAUGUUCAAAGUUUCAUUGAUCUUAUGGAGUUUCAAGAUGCUCCUUUUAAUGUUGAUACUGUAGAUAGAUUUACUAAAACCUUGCAUGCUAUAAAACGUCGUCAUGACAGUACAGUUGAAACAAUGGCUCAGGGUAUUAUUGAAUUAAAAGAAUCAGAAGGUGAAUCUUGUUUCCUUCCUGCGGUCCAGUAUUUUUUAGAUCGCUUUUAUAUGAAUAGGAUUGGAAUUCGUCUUCUUAUAUCACAACAUUUGGCGCUGUUCAAAGAAAAUCUUAAUGACAGUUCUGAAAAAUUUAUUGGGGUGUUUGAACCUAACUGUUGUGUUAAAACUAUACUUAAAGAUGCCAUAGAAAAUGCAAGUUUUCUAUGUGAGCAGUCAUAUUUUGUAUUUCCUCAAGUUAUGAUCAAUGAAGUCAACACAUUAUCAAAAGGUUCAGAGAUUUACAUAAAUUAUGUCCCAUCACACUUGUACUAUAUUCUGUUUGAGAUUUUAAAGAAUGCAAUGCGUGCAACUGUAGAGUCUCACAAAAAUUCUGAUGACCUGCCAAGUAUCCAAGCAACAAUUGUUAAAGGUAAUGAAGACUUGACAAUAAAAAUAUCAGAUGAAGCUGGAGGAAUACCACGAAGUAAUAUAGAGAAACUUUUUGCUUACCAUUAUAGCACAGCUCCUGAACCAAAUAAAACUACCCAUGGGUCUCCAAUGGCUGGAUACGGUUAUGGUCUUCCAUUAUCGCGACUUUAUGCUAAAUAUUUUGGAGGAGAUCUUCAGAUUGUUUCUAUGGAUGGUCUUGGGACUUCUGCUUACAUAUAUUUAAAAACUCUAUCUCACGAUGCUCACGAAGUUAUACCGUCGUAUAAUAGUUCGGUUGCGAAAGCUUCUUAUGAAAAUAGUAAUUCAGCUCAGUCUAAUACGAGAGAUUGGUCUUCUAAUUCAUUUUACGAAAAAACGAAAUCGUUUGCGAAACCCAGCCAGAAAUAAAUUCAACUCACUUUUAGUUGAAUCAACAACUCUUAUGAAAAUAAAUUUCUGCUUUAGAUUAAAUUUUUAUAGCGAUCUUUGAUCAACAUUUUUUGGUGAUUGAUUUAACGCCGUUGUGACUUCAAAAAACGAAAAUAAUUUAAAGGAAAGUAUGAUACCGAAAAGGCAUAUUGCGCAAAAACAAUUUUAAAAGUUUUUAAAAAUUUGUCUAAGAGUUCGUUUCUAUGAAACUAAAAUUAUAUCGUAUAUUAUUUGAAGGAUGUUCUUCGUAAAUCAAUUACUUAAAAUAUUUUUCUGUUGAUGUUUUUUCUGUUAAUCUUUGUGUUUUGUAGAAAACUAUUAAAUAAAAUGUCUUUACUAUGCAUGUUAUUGUUGAAUAUUUGUUUUAUAAUCAAACGCUCAGUUGUUUUUUGUAUAAAAUGUAUAAAGUGAAAAUAAUGUAUAAAUAGAUACUUUCCAAAGAUUUUUA